AUGACAUCCCCAUCUUUUGCGGACACGAUGGAAGCAUUGACAAAUCGAGACUUGCCAAGGCCUCCGAAUACAAGUAAAUUGCAGCGUGCACCUUGUAUUAAGCGCAAAUCUGUAAACUUAAGUGUUUCUCCAGGACAUGGCCUUCUUUCUCCUAAUCACCCUUCCGUUGACUCGAGUUCAAGUGAUAAUAGCUUUGAUGGCUUUUCUCGUCGAAGUCAGCUUGACUUUGUAUCUCCGCGAAGUGAAGGCAAGUUCAAGAGACCAUUUGCUCGCUUACUUGGGAAACCGCUUGAUGCAUCCGUUCCCCUCGUUUCUCAACACCGAAGGUACUUUUCUGAAGGAUCCUUUCAAUUACCUCAAUCAAAGGCGUUCUCAAUGAAUUCUGAAAAUACGCCAAGUGGCAAACAUUACGGAAAGGUUUUUCGACGCUUGCCUGCUGAUGUGGGUUCGAACAAAAAACGGUACUUUAGUCUCGGUUCCUUACCCUCAACACGCAGGCGUUCGGAUAUUAAUAAUAGCCAGACAUUGACAAACUCUACUUCUACUCCAUAUCCUCCACCGAGUUCUAGUUCGGGUAUCACCGAUAAAGAGGAUGGCUCUAGUACAACAUUCACUCACGUUCCUUCUUCUUAUUCCUCUAACACAUCUUUCCUUUCCCCUAACCAAUCUCCUACUUUACGUAACAAAUCCGAUUCUCCUUUCUUUAAAGCUGACAAUCCAAAUGAUGACUUUGGCUCGGAUUUUCAGUUGGGUAGCUUGUUGCCCCCUACUCCGACAAGUCUUAACGAUGGAUACGAUGGCCCUACAGAUGUCAAGCCUCUACCAGCUGAUUACAAGCGGAUAAAGAAAAGGGCGAAUCUUAUACAAGAGUUGGUGACAACCGAAGCUAAUUAUCUUAAUGAUUUAAUUGCUAUUCAACAGUGUUAUGGCUUACGGGUUCAUGAAUGCGAUGCUUUGAAUACUAUUGAUAUUCAAACUGUUUUUGGCGACAUUGAACCGCUUCUUACUUUUUCAGUUGAUUUUCAUUAUCGAUUAUAUAAAGGAGGUGAAGGGGCUUGGAAUGUAAAUGAAAACACGAAGCUUUUCGACCCACUUCCUUGCAACCUUGGCCUUGUUUUUCUUGAGAGCUUAACGGAUAUUAGUCAAAUAUAUUCGGGUUAUUGUACUCGACAGGAUGCCGUUUUCCGAAUCAUCACAAAGUGGAGAGAAAAACCUGUUGUCUCAACUUGGGUCACCGAGGGGGAUUAUAUGGUUCAACAAUUUACAAAUGCUUGGGAUUUAGGUAGCUUAAUCAUCAAGCCCCUUCAACGCCUUUUGAAGUACCCUUUGUUGCUUCAAAAAAUAAUUGAUGCUACUCCCGAAAGUAAUCCUGAGCAUCCUGAUCUUAUUUUAUGUUAUCAGCUUUUACAAGAGCUAAUUGCAAAUAUUAAUCAAAAACAAAAGCCCUCUCAUAAACGUGGCUCGUUAAGUGCCUCGCAUAAACGUGAUGCCGGAUGGGCACUGCUAAAUAAAUCUUCACAUAUUAAGUCGAGGUCCGUAAGCAGUUAUGAUUUCCGUAACGAUCGACGUUAUAAUUUUCAGCGUACUGUGCUUCAAGAAUUUCGAAAAAAGCUUGCAAUUAUCAAGGCCCUUCAAUCCAGUAUUGACGUUUGGUAUAUGAAUGUCUUAGAAGGGUUCUCGGUUUUUGAAAGGAUUUUAGCAAACUUAGAAAAUGUGAGCAGUGUGGAUUCCGAAGAAUCACCUGAAGCUUGGAGGAGAUUUCAUCUCCUUGCUCAUAUGAUGAAUGCGAAUACGGCAUCUCAGAUACAUCCCCGAAUAACAGGCGAUGUACAGGAGCCAGUUGCUCAUAUGGUGAAAAUGAUGCAAAAGGUUAUACAGUUCAUCGUUUCAGCCGAGUUUAUUAUUUCGUCUGAAAAGUUAAAGGAUCUUCAGGAUUGCAUUGACAGUGGAUUUCAUUCUGUAUUCUUGAAGCUAUAUAGGAUACAGUGUUCUAUAUAUCAAAACUAUGCUGAAAACAUGAUAUUUCUUAUACCAGAAUCACUCAGAUCAAGCAUAAUUGAAGAAAGUGAUGACUUUGCAGCAUUGGUUCGCGCUUUUGAACCAAUGCAUUAUGAAGACCAACAUUGCCUGGAGGAAUCUAUGAAGAAGUUGGCUCUUUGUUCAAAUCUUUAA